AUGGCCUCCGACCUGGACUUCUCCCCUCCCGAGGUGCCUGAACCCACAUUCCUGGAGAACCUGCUGCGAUAUGGACUCUUCCUGGGGGCCAUCUUCCAGCUCAUCUGUGUACUGGCCAUCAUUGUACCCAUUCCCAAGUCCCACGAGGCG